CCUGGGGAAAUACGUCAUAAGUUCCUACCCACGACAGCAAAUAUUCACGUGGUAUCCUGCCCAAUCAGGGUCGGGAUAUGAGGCACGAGGAACUAUAGUGUAGUGACGUAGAUCGAUCGGCCAUAUAUGGAAAAUUAACCCCCACCCAGACGUACGAUACCAGGGACGGGAAGUCAUUUACUUUAAUAUAGACAUAAUACAUUGUUAAAAAAUAAUAGAAUAGGGAAUAUAAUCAAAACAAAGAACCCCCAUUUUACGAAGGUGAGAUGUCGACAAGCCAACCUAAGAAUACAUCGGAAUGGCAGUUACAUAGAGUUUUACAGAGAGCUAAUCUGUUACAGUAUUAUGAUACCUUUAUCAGUCAAGGAGGAGAUGAUGUACAACAGUUAUGUGAGGCAGGGGAGGAAGAGUUUCUGGAGAUUAUGGCCUUGGUAGGGAUGGCAAGUAAACCAUUACAUGUCCGUAGAUUACAGAAAGCUCUACAGGAAUGGGUCGCUAACCCUGCUGCUUUCCAGGGCCAGUUACAAAUGCCAAUGAUGGGAACUUCCCCAGGAGCAACAGGAAACCAGUCUUCUCAGCUUGGUCAAACUGUACCUAAAAUGAAUCAUAAUGGUGGCCAACCUAACAGAGACCAGGCUAAUCUAUAUCAGAUGCAUUCUUCUACAUCACCAGUAAUGAAUGCUAGGUCGUGGAGCCCUAGUCCACUCAUACAACCCAGUACCAGUCCAGGACCAGCAAAUAUGACAGGGGGUAACCAGUCAGAAAUCAAAGAAGAGAAGGAUCAUUCCCAAUCCCCUCUUCCUACCCCAGUACUGGUAGAGAGCCAGAUCGCUGCUAUAGCAGAUGCUGCAACAAAUAUUGCCAAGGCUAUACCUUACUUUGAGGCCAAACCUCUCAACAUGAAGAAACAAAUUAACAAAGACAUAAUGGCUCUGCAACAACAACCAGACGAUUCUCCUAAUAGGUUGGAUGAAAUGAGAAAAUAUGCAGCAAUUUAUGGCAGAUUUGAUUCCAAGAGGAAAAAUAUAAAACCUAUGUCAAUGCAUGAGAUUUCAGUAAAUGAGGCAGCAGCACAACUAUGUUUGUAUAUGCCGACCCUGUUAACAAGAAGAGAAGAUUUAUUCCCCUUGGCAAGACAGGUUGUUAAAGAUAGCGGAUACCAAUACUCUAAAGGACACUCUAGAUUUGCCAUUAUUAACAGGUCUGGUGAAACAAUUUUACCUUCAGCAAAGAGAUCACGCUUGGAUCCAACUUUCUUAAAAAUGUUGGAAACUUAUCCAGGAAUGUAUGUACCAUUCGAGUUCGAAAGGUCACAAGUGAUGAAUGAUAGAAUGUCAGCUGUGAUAAAAGAAAUAGGGUCACUGAAUCAGACACAGGAUGAAUUUAAGAAGCAGAUACAGGCAGCCCAGGAAAGAGGUGACAUAGAGACGGCUAAAACUCUUCAGGAUCAGUAUGAUCAGAAUGUCACAAAACUUGAAAAACUACUGUCUGAGCAGGCAGAAAUGAAGAAAAUAAAUAAAUUUUCCAGGAUGCCCAGACUUGUUUUUGAUGAUGAUGACAUAAGCUCAGAUUUACAAAGUGGCGGAUCUUCCCCAUCCAACUCUGCUGAUGGAGAUGAUUUUGCUGCACAUUUACGUGCACAGUUUGAUCCAACUGCAAAGACAAAGAUAUUGAAUGACACACUGUUCGAUGAAGGACUAAGAAUUGCACAGCAAUAUGGAAUGGCAGAUUUUGCCAAAGAAUUAAAAGGGCUUCAAGUACCAGGAGAAGAUGAGGAGGAACCAUCUAAUAUUCCAACAUUCAACAAUAACAAUGGACAAUCUCAAAAUUCUAUAGUAAAAAAUCCAGCCAAUGAAAGUUCACAAAAUAAUCAUGUGAUUAGUGACACUUGUGAAGAUGGGAAGGUAAAUGAACUUCCUGUGAAUGGAGAUUCCUGAAAAAUUCUCAUAUUUUGUUAAGUGUUCAUAUUGUUUUGUAAUAAGUCAUAUUUUAACUGAUCAUGUCGCAUUGAUCUCCUUAACAUAAGAUGUUUUCAUCUUUCAUAAGCCAUUUUACCUCAAUUCACAAUUAUCAUUUUGUUGAUUUUGGUAGCACAGAUUGAUAGUAAGAAAAAUUGUUAAUUGAUAAUGAAAACUCCUUAAGUUAAGUUUGUCGCUAAUUUAUUAUGAAUAUGAUUUGAUGUAAAAGUUCAUAUUUAUGUAAGUUUUAUAACUUGAGUGCUAUUUAUAUUUUUUUUUGUCUUCUUUAUGACAAAUAUUGUAGAAGAUGAGAUUUAUCACUUUUCUUUUGAUGCUGAUAAGGUUAAUAACUACAGGUCUUAAAAUCUUCUCACUUUUAUCUGUUGCCUUAAAACUUCAUACCUCUUACCUUUGGCAAACAUUAAUCAAUAGAUCAACAAAGUCAAGUUAACUGCAAAAUAAACUUUUGAUACAGAUUUAUUAUGUUAAGGUCUAUUUCUUAGAUCCUUUAAACAAUAUGUCAACUUUAUUUGGUGGAUGGAAUGACUGUAAGUUGUACAUGUCUGACUGGCAGGGUUCAUCUGACCUUGACCUCAUUUUCAUGUUGAAUUGGUCUAUGUUUGGUUUUUUUGAUAAGGUCUGUUUUUCAGAUACUUUAAGCAAUAAGUCAAAUGUAUUUGGUGUAUGGAAUAAUUGUUAGGUGUACAUGUCUGUCUGGCAGGGUUCAUAUGACCUUGACCUUAUUUUUAUGGAUCAUUGAUAUUGUAAAAUUUAUGUUAUAACAAUAGUAAUGUAAAAUUUAUGUGAUACCAGUAGUAAAACCUUGAGUUCAGUUAUAAUCAGUAAAGCAAGCAAGACUUUUCAGCAUGUGCACGCUUGUCUUUGUUAAGGAGGCAUCAUUAUAAUUUCUUUUCAUCUUCAUUCAUUUUUUUUACUCAUACAGAUAUAAUUUUACUUCUUUUUUGAGAUUAUGAAGAAAGAAAAUGGAACCAUACCCAGGGUUUCAAAUUGUGAUUAGAAGUUAACAAUUUCUUUCAAGAGCAUUAUAAGUGGAUUGCAGACAAAGUAAUCUAUCUCAUGGUAACACUGAUACAAUUUUCUAUUUGUCAGCGAUAAAUUAGCAGAUGAUCUAUCCAUCCACACCAUCAGUAACCAAUCUUAUGGUAACACUGAUACAAUUUUAUAUUUGUCAGCGAUGAAUCAGCAGAUGAUUAAUCCAGCCACACCAUCCUGAAUAUGCAUGAAAUAGUUGAAACUGGAUAAUAAGAAAAAACAACAAUCAAUUAAUCAUAUUUGAUCUACAGAAAAUUGAGCUGAAAUCAAUACCUGGUAAUCAAUAGUCUAUUAGUCAAUUACCAAUUUGAUUCCAUUAUUACACACUUUUCAUAAAACUUGUUUCGUUUUGCCAAUUGCAGAAUGGUUCUAAACAAGAACAAACAAUGUGCUGCCCAUGCAAAGCAAGAUAACGAGCAGAUUCAGGCGGGUGCCCCCUAAAAUUUGCAAACCAUGGGUUGUCCUCAGCUCAAUAAAGAAUAUUUCGAUAAUUUUACCUCCAAAAAGUUUUUGCCUUGGUCCGAUUGGCAAAAAUUUAAGUUUGCCCCCCCCCCCCCCCCCCCCCCCCCCAACCAACCCCAACCUAAAAUCCUGGAUCCGCCCCUAGAUAAGUUGAAAGUGAUAUACAGGCGUUUUAAACAAUUGAUAAUUAAAAAAAAUAUUGAUAUCAAAAGUUAUUAGCUUUUCAAAAUAUUAAAUGUAAUUAAAACAUUUGAUAAACUUAAAGAUUAGAUACCUACACACAGAUACAGUUCCUCUUUCUUUUAGCUCUUCAUUGUCAAUAAAAAGUUUUAUCCCUCCUAAGGGAAACAACUCUUACAAAUUGAUCUCUUAUUACAAGAUGAAUUACGGAAUUGGCAAAUAGACUAUUAUGGACAAUACAAUUAAAUCUUACCAUUGGGAUAAUCAACUACUAGUACAACUAUCUACAUCCAUUUAUAAUCAGUUAAAGGACUUCCAAUGAGAUUUAAAAUGCAGUUGAACAUAAAUAUUUGGAAAGCUUCUUAAAAAAGUAGAACUGGCUUUACUAGAACCUAAUACACAAUCUUACAUCUGACAGUUUACAAUGGUUCCUUACACAAAUGAUGGAAAUAAUGCAUUUAACAUCAGAUCAUUUAAAAUGACUGUAUUUUUUGUUUUCGAUGUUGUUUUAAAUUAUUGUGAAAUGUUAUGUCUGUUCAUAGACUUUAAAUGUAAUCAUGUCAGAAAUUUUUUAUUGAUAUAAAAACAAUUAAUAAAAUGUUGAAUUAUGGGA